AUGGUAAGUACCUGUUUUAUUGGUGCUUUAGUAAAGCUUUUCUUGUAAUUGUAUUGAUCAUGAUGAAUAUCGUAAAACUCACGUUUACCUCUUUGUUUUCAGGGUGUUGACAUCAACCACAAGAACGACAGGAAAGUCCGCCGCACGGCCCCCAAGAGUGACGAUCCCUACCUUCGUGUGUUGGGCCAAGUAAGUCGAUAUUUUACUUGCUUGUUUACUGUUUAGGUGUACACAUACUUGAGCCGCAAAACCGAUGCCAAGUUUAACAAAAUCGUCCUAAAGCGGUUGUUCAUGGCUCGUCGUUUCCGCCCUCCACUUUCUCUCCAACGUGUUGCCCAAGAACAGAAGCGUGCUGGAAACGAGGAGAAGAUCAUCGUCGUUGUUGGAACCGUCACUGAUGACGAGAGAAUUGUUGAGAUCCCCAAGAUUAAGGUGAGUUCAUAUUUUAUGUUUUGUUUUUGCUUUUUAGUGUUUUUUGAGCUAAACAAAGCCUUUUUGAGCGAUUUGUGAUAUUGUACUAGAGAAAUUUAUGAUUUUUGGUAUUUUUCAGAGGUUUGACGUUUGUUUUUCAGGUUGCUGCUCUUAAGGUCACCACCGCCGCUCGUCAACGCAUCUUGAAGGCCGGAGGGACCAUCUACACCUUCGAUCAAUUGGCCCAGCUCUCUCCUCGUGGUGAGAACACCGUCCUCGUGCAAGGUGCCCGCAAACGCCGCGCCGCUGAGAAGCACUUCGGCAAGGCUCCCGGUGUUCCCAACAGUCACACCCAGCCCAUCAUCGCCUCCAAAGGACGCAAGUUCGAACGUGGUCGUGGACGCAGAAAGUCCCGGGGAUACAGAAACUAA